UGGAGCAGCGCGAAAGAAGCCAAGCUUUUUUUCCGCGAACAAAACAGGCUCCGGCGCCGGCAUUUCGUGCACGUCUCUUGCAUCGCGGUUGGUGUCGAUAGCGGCGGCCCGGUGUGCUCCGUUUUUUAUUUAUAUUUUUUUUCGUCGAGUGCGUCCGAAGGGGCCUGCGGUGAGCUGCCUACUCUACGACUCGGCUCCCUUUAGCAGCGACGACAGGAUUUGCAAGCAGCGGCGGCAUUUCGUGGUGCUACACAGUUUUACAGCGCAAACGACAACACCUGCAGGAGAGAAAAGUGCCAAGCAAAACAUCUCUCCUUUGGAUACGAAUGACACGCUGUCAACGUUGUUGGUGCAAACAUCGGUGUGGAGUUGUGCUGCACGCUGGUGUCUCUAGCGCGCCGGCGGCAUUCGGCGUACUUGCAACACCGGCCGACGCGUCGUCGUACACACCGCUUCGCUAACGCCUAGCGGCGGGCUCCUGCUAAGCCUAAACGGCUCCACUCUGACCGUCGUCGCCCGGUGGUGUGGGUGCUGAGAUGAGGUAACGGCACGCGGCCCAGAGAGGGAGUGACUAGGGAGCGACCAGCGACAGCUGUCGACAUGUCGCAGCGAGCGGACGCCAUGGAGUUCGAGAAGGGCCGCAUCCGGGCCCUUCAGGAGGAGCGGCUGCACAUCCAGAAGAAGACCUUCACCAAAUGGAUGAACUCCUUUCUGCAGAAGGCCCGGAUGGAGGUCGACGACCUGUUCGUCGACCUGGCCGACGGCAAGAAGCUGCUCAAGCUGCUCGAGAUCAUCUCGGGCGAGAAGUUGGGAAAGCCGAACAACGGCAAGAUGCGCGUCCACAAGAUCGAGAACGUCAACAAGAGCUUGGCAUUCUUGCACACCAAGGUUCGUUUGGAAAGUAUAGGAGCCGAAGACAUUGUGGACGGGAACCCCCGACUCAUUCUUGGCCUUAUAUGGACAAUCAUUUUGCGGUUCCAAAUCCAAGACAUCGAAAUCGACGUGGAUGAAGACAACGAAAGUAGUGAAAAGAAAUCAGCCAAGGAUGCCUUGCUGCUUUGGUGCCAAAGAAAGACAUCGGGAUAUCCCGCUGUCAACAUCCAAGACUUCAGCUCCAGUUGGCGAAGCGGAAUGGGUUUCAACGCAUUGAUCCAUUCGCACCGGCCCGAUCUAAUCGACUACGGUGCUCUGGAACCCGCUGACCAUAUCGAGAACCUCAACAAUGCCUUCAACGUUGCCCAGAGAGAGCUGGGGAUUCCGAGGCUUCUUGAUGCUGAAGAUAUCGACACAAACAAGCCUGACGAGAAAUCAGUCAUGACGUACGUUGCAUCCUACUACCACACGUUUGCCCGCAUGAAGAACGAGAUGAAGCAGGGCAGGCGUAUCGCCAAUAUUGUCGCACAAAUGAUGGACGCCGACCGGCAGAAGUACAUGUACGAGCGGCUAACGUCCAAGCUCCUGGAGUGGAUCCAAGCUAAGACGGCUGAGCUGCAGGACCACUGCUUCCCGAACUCCCUGGAGGGAAUCCAGGGGGAGCUGCUAAAAUUCAAGGAGUACCGCACGGUCGAGAAGCCACCCAAGUACAAAGAGCGGAGCGACAUUGAGGCCCUGCUGUUCGACAUCCAGACAAAGCAGAAGGCCCUGGGCCGGCCCCUGUACGUGCCGCCCGAGGGCAAGAUGGCCCACGACAUCCAGCGAGCGUGGGAGCAGCUCGAGGAGGCCGAGCACGCCCGCGAGGUGGCGCUGCGCGAGGAGUUGCUCCGGCAGAAGAAGCUCGAGAAUCUGGCGUGCCGCUUUGACCGCAAGAGCGCCGUGCGCGAGGGCUACCUCCGCGAAAUGGUGCAGGUGCUCUCCGACCCCCGCUACGGGAGCAACCUGUCGCAGGUCGAGGCGACCGUCAAGAAGCACGAAGCCAUCAGCGCCGACAUUCUGGCUAGGGAGGAAAGGUUUCAGAACCUGACAAAAAUGGCUGACCAACUGGAGGCGGAAAAUUACCACGCAAAAUCAAGGAUUCGAGUCAAGGAGAAAGAAAUCAUGGGACGGUGGCAGUUGCUGCUGGAUCUUCUCAACAAGCAUCGUGUGACGCUGAACAAUGUCAGCAUGCUUAUGAGCAUGCUUCGAGAGGCAGAAACCCUUCACAGCGAGAUAAAGGAAGUUGAGGGAAGCUUCCUGUCGGAUGAGUACGGCUGUCACCUGCUAGCCGUUGAGGACCUGCUCCAGAAACACGCCCUGGACGAGCUCAACCUGGCGUCGCAGGGCGAGGCGAUCCGCAGGCUCACCCAGCAGUCCGCGCCUCUGCUAAAGCAGGGCCACAAAGAAGGGCCCGUGCUGCAGCGAAAGCUGGACGACCUCAAUGCCGACUACGCCACGCUUGGCAAAUUGGCAAAGCGGCGCCGACGGCAGCUCGACGAGUGGCGGGCCUACUUCCAGUUCGUUCAAGAUCACGAGGAAGAGGAGGCCUGGAUCCGUGAGAAGCAGCGCAUCUGCAAGGCCGUGGUUGCCGGCAAAGACCUGCUGGCUCUUGUUUCGCUCCAACAGAAACACAAGGCACUGGAAGCCGAGAUCGGAGGCCACGACGGCCACAUCCAGCGUCUCAUCCUGGCUGGUGAGAAGCUGCUUGAGGGACGCCACAGCCAAAGCGCCGAUGUCAAGCAGCGCCUGCAGGCUCUCCGCGAGCGCUGGGCCGAGCUGGCCGACCUAGCAGCCGUGAAGAGGAAGCGUCUGGAAGAUGCCUACGAGGCUUUCCAGUACCAUGCGGAUGCGAAUGAAGCCGAGUCGUGGGUGCGUGAGAAACUGGCCCUCGUUUCAAGCAAGGAUUACGGCAAGGACGAGCCCAGUGCCCAGGCGCUUCUUCAGCGCCACAGCUGCCUGGAAAGUGAGAUGAACGCUUACGGCACCGACAUACGACGGCUGCGGGACCAGGCUGACCGCAUGGUGCGAUCCGGUGUGGACUCCCUGGCCAUUUACCUGGACGCGAUUAAUGAAGAUGCGGAACCCUCGGACGAGUGGACGGAAGAGCUUCAACUAGUCCCUGUCGAGGAGUGGGUCGAUGAGGUCGUCGAGAAGGAGGCAGUGCAGACGGUUGUUGAGGAGCGCAAGGUGCCCCAAGUGAAGGCCCUGUACCCGUUCACGGGACAGAACAUGAACGUCCAGAAGGGAGAGAUCAUGACUCUGCUGAACCGCACCAAUUCCGACUGGUGGAACGUCCGCCAGAUGGAUGGUGAGGAGGGCUUCGUGCCAGCUAACUAUGUCCGAGAGGUGGAACCACGGAUCGUCCAAAAGACGACGAAGAAGCCUGUCAAGGUUGCCGAGCGCCACCGCGUCAAGAAGGUCGUCAUGAAGCAGCAGCCCGUCAAGGUCAAGAAGGAGAAGCAACUGUCCCCUCAAAAAUCACCUAAGCAGAAUGGCAGCAGUCCUAAGGACGGCAAGGGAGUCCAGCAACGCCAGGAAUCCAUCGAAGCCUCCUACCAGAACCUGUUGUCUGUGUCAAAGGAGCGUAGACAUUACCUCGAAGAUGCCAUCCGACUGUUUGGCUUCUUCAGGGAGUGCAGCGACUUUGAAGCCUGGAUGGUCGACAAGGAGAAGAUGCUGACGGUAGAAGAUCCAAAAGAAAAUGUCGAAGUUCGCAAGAAAAAGUUUGAGAACUUCUUGACCGACAUGUCCGCGAGCAAGCUGCGAAUGGAUGAGAUCGACCGGCAGGUUGGAGAGUUUGUCCAGAACAAGCACAGCCAGCUAGACGCAAUCCGCAGUCGCAGCCGACAGAUACACAGCAGGUGGGACCGGCUGAACCAGCUCAAGACACAGAAAGAACGAAGUCUAGAGGGCGCCACCAGCGUGGAGUUGUUCCAUCGUACCUGUGACGACGCUCGCGACUGGAUGGCGGAAAAACUUCAGAAAAUUGACAUCGACGAAGUAGGCCGAGACAUGAAGACUGUGCAGGCACUGCAGAGGAGGCAUGAGAAUCUUGAACGCGAGCUGGCUCCUGUGGAAGAGAAAUUUAACAGGGUUAACCUCCUGGCCGACUCGGUAAAAGCUGCUUACCCAACCGAGCGAACCAACGUGGUGAAGAGACAGGGUGAGCUGCAAGGUCUCUGGGACCAAGUCAAGGAUCGAGCUGCCGAGAGACGUUCGAGGCUCGAGGAUUCCAUGGGACUUCAAAUUCUUGCAAACAGUGCCAAAAGCUUGCUUGCGUGGGUGAGCGAGGUGAAGGUCGCACUGAACAGCUUUGAGCCUGCUCGAGACGUGGCGACGGCCGAGGACAACCUCAAGAAACACCACGACUUGGGAGACGACAUUCGUAACCAUGAAGAUGAGUUUGCCGACAUCCAGGCACUGGGCGAGAAGCUGCUGCUGAAGAACAAGGACAAUGAGGAGAUGAAGGCGACGUUGAAGCAGCUGCAGGAUGAGCAGAAUGUGAUCCUCCGAGGGUGGCAGGAAAAGCUCGACUAUCUCCGGCAGGCCGUUGACCUUCAGAUGUUCAACCGUGAAGCUGACCAGAUCGACAGCAUCACAAGUAGCCAUGAUGCACUGCUGGACUUUGAGGACCUCGGGACCACCCUGGAUGACGUCGAAGCACUGUCCAAACGUCAUGAGAACCUCAUCAACACCCUAUUGGUUCAAGACCAGCGCGUUGCCGCCUUCAGCGGCAUGGCCGACAAGCUGAUUGCUGCCGGGCACUGCAAGAGCAAGGAGAUCGACAAGCGACGCAACCAGGUCGUCGCAAAUCGUCAGGCAGUGAAGGACAAGGCGUACAAACGCAAAGAACUCCUCGAAGAGUCACGGGUCUACCAUGAAUUCAAAGCAGAAUCAGCUGAGAUGUCGAGCUGGAUUCAGGACAAGCUCAAGAUGGCGGCCGACGACUCCUACCGCGACCUCACCAAUCUGGAGCGUAAGCUACAGAAGCACGAAGCCUUUGAAGCCGAACUCAAAGCCAACGAGGCUCGGCUCCACGACAUCAACGCGAACGGCCGCAGCCUGAUUGCCGGGAAGCACUACGCAUCCGACGACAUCCGGAGCGUGCUGGACUACCUGGACGAGCAGUGGCAGGAGCUGUGCCGUCGGACCAACGAGCGCGGCCAGUGCCUCCGCCAGGCGUCGGCGCAGCGGGCGCACAACCGGGCGCUCGAGGACGCCCGUGUCAAGCUGGACGAGCUGGAAGCUGCCCUGGCAUCGCGCGACCUCGGUCACGAUUUGCGCAGCGUCAAGGAGCUUCUCAAGCGCCACCAGGUGCUUGAAGCUGAGUUGACCACCUGGGAGGCAAAGGUGUUGGACCUGGUUCAAUUCGGCAAGGCUAUGGCUGACAAGGGUCACUUCGAUGCACCGAACAUUCUGAAGGCUACCCGCAUAAUCAGUGACCGCUUUGGCCAGCUGCGCGAACCCGCGGAGGAGCGUCGGAAACAGCUGGAAGAGUCGCUCAAGCUGCACCAGUUCAACUUCGACGUGGACACCGAGAAACAGUGGAUCACUGAGCACCUGUCGGCCGCGUCGUCCCUCGACCUGGGCCAGAACCUCAUCGACGCCCAGAACCUCUUCAAGAAGCACCAGAAACUGGAGCGUGAGGUUCAGGGCCACCAGGCGAUGGUGGACAAGACGCUGGCCGCCGGCGACGCGCUGGUCAAGCAGCGCCACUUUGCAGCCGCCUCGGUCAAGGACAAGUGCCACGAACUGGUUGCCUGCUGGAACCUGCUGCUCUCCGAGUGCAGCAAGCGCCGCAAGAAGCUCGAACUGCAGCUCAAGGCACAGACGUUUUACUCCGAAGUGAACGAGAUCGAGGCUUGGAUGAACGAGAAGAAGAGCGUUCUCACCAGCACCGACUUCGGUCGCGAUGAAGACGCUGCUGUGAAGCUCCUCACGAAACAAAAGGCGCUGGAACUUGAGAUUGACACCUAUUCUGGCCUUGUGGUGGAGAUUACCCAUCAGGGGCAAGCCAUGAUUGACCAAAAUCAUCCCGACUCCAAGAUAAUUGCCAACCAAAUGCAAACAGUUAACCAGGAGAUAAAGAACCUGCAGAAGCUGUCGACCGUGCGGCGGCAGAAGCUGAUGGAGGCCAAGCACACGCACGAGUUCUUCCGCGAGAGCGACGACCUCCAGGACUGGAUCAACGAGCAGACCCAGGCCGCCCUCUCGGAGGACUACGGGAAGGACUAUGAACACCUUCUGCUUCUGCAAGCCAAGUUCGAAGACCUGAAGCUUGUUGUGGACACUGGAAAGGACAGGCUUGACCAGUGCGUUGCCCUUGGUCAGCGCCUGAUAGCGGCCGAUGUCGCUCGCUCUGGAGAAAUCGAAAAGUGCUUGGAGCACCUCGAGUACCUGAUGCAAGCGCUGAGCGAAGCCAUGCAAGCUCGCGAACAGAAGCUCCAGGCGGCCGGAGAGAUCCACCGCUUCAACCGAGACGUCGCCGAUGCGCUCAGCCGAAUCCAGGAGAAGUACACUGCCAUUCCCGAGGAGCUCGGGAAGGACCUUCAAGCGACCCAGAGCCUCGUUCGGAGGCAGGAAGGUUUCGAAAAUGACCUGGUUGCCCUCGAAGCGCAGCUGCAGGUGUUGGUGGACGACAGUGUGCGGCUUCAGGCGGCCUACCCCGGUGGCAACGCGGAGCACAUAGCAGAGCAGCAACAACUGGUUGUGGACCAGUGGGCAGCGCUGCAGGAGAAGGUGGCGCAGCGCAAGGACCAGCUCAAGGAAUCGCUGCAGCUUCAGAAGUUCCUCUCCAUGGUUCGAGACCUGGAGACGUGGGCACGCGGUCUGUGCUCGGAGCUCGCCGCCAAGGAGACUGUGCGGAGUGCCACCGGGGCCCAGACGCUCAAGUCCGAGCACGAUCAGGUCAUGGCCGAGAUUGAAGCUCGCGAGGAGAGCUUCAGCGACGUGCUCAAGUUCGGCAAGAUGAUGAUGGACGAACAACACUACGCGACAGCAGAGAUCCAAGAGCGUUUGUCUCAGCUGCUGCAAGCACGUGACGACCUUCACCUGGCCUGGCAGCACAAGAAGGUCUACCUAGACCAACUUCUAGACCUGCACUUCUUCCUGCGAGAUGCCAAGCAGCUCGACACCCUCAGCGCCCAGCAAGAGGUUUACUUGUCGGGCACCGAGGUCGGAACGACCGUCGAGGAGGUCGACGCCAACGUGAAGAAACACGAGGCAUUCGAAAAGCUCAUGGCCACCCAAGACGAAAAGCUUCAAACAUUGGAACAGUGCGGUGCCAAGCUUGUCCAGCAAAACCACUUUGAGAGUGGAACCAUUCGCAAGAGGAUGGAGGAGGUUGCAGCCAGGCGUGCCCACGUGAAGCAGCUGAGCGCGGCCAAGCGUCAGAAGCUGGCCGAGGGACUCCUGCUGGCCCAGUUCCGCCGGGACGCUGCCGAGGCCGAGGCCUGGGUCGCCUCGAGGCACAAGCAGCUGGAAGCGCAGGAGACGGCACUAUCCGCCGACACGCCCGUCACUCUCGAAGAGAAGGUGAAACAGCUACAGAAGCACCAGGCCUUCCAGGCAGAGCUUGCAGCCCACGAGGGCAACAUCGCUGCCAUCAAACAGAAAGGAGAGUUGUUGCUGAGCAAGAAGCACCCCGCGUCUGGUGAGGUGCGCGAACAGCUGUCGCGGCUGCUCCAUCUCUGGGAGGAGCUGCUGGACGCCCUCCACCGCCGAGGCCGCGGACUCGAAGAGGCCCAAGACAUGCUGGACUUCGAGAGCCAGGUGGACAAAGUGGAAGCUUGGAUUCGAGACAAGGAGCUCAUGGUUCAAGCUGGAGACACUGGAGAAGAUUAUGAACACUGCCAGGCGCUGCAGCGAAAACUGGAUGACGUCGAUUCGGACAUGAGGGUGGACGACAGUCGCAUCAAGAACAUCAACGCCCUCGCCGACAAGCUCAUCCAGGAGGGCAGGCCCAACACACGUGCCGUGCAACAACGCCGAGAAAAACUGAAUCGCAAGUGGAAGGCCCUUCAAGGAGCACUGGAGGCCUACCGUGCUAGGUUGGCCGCUGCCCUUGAGGUGCACGCCUUCAAGCGUGACAUUGACGACACUGUCGACCGCAUCAACGAAAAGGCUAUUGUCAUGACUACGAAAGAGGAGAGCAAAAGCCUGCGUGCCGUCGAGUCACUCCAGCGAAGACAAGAUGCCGUGGAGCGUGAGAUGACCACCAUCGAUGCCAAGCUUAAGGACCACGAGCAGGACUGCGAACGGCUGAUGAAGAAACACGGGGAGCUGGCCUCUCCCAUCCGAGCCAAGGUCGUUGAGGUCCAGGAGAACUGGAAGAGGCUUAUGGGUCUCUGCAACAACAGGCGACAAACCCUUGCUGGUGCAUACCAACUACACAAGUUUCUCACGGAGUUGAAGGGUCUGGAGGCCUGGGUCAACGACCUCAUAGAGCGGAUGAACUCGGGUGGUCUGGGCACCAACAUGCAAGAAGCCGAGAGUCUGCUGGAAUUUCACCAGGAGUGCAAGGCGGAGAUGGAGGGUCGUCAAGACGCCUUCGAGAGGCUGCACUCGUUCGGCAACAUGCUGCUGCGGGACAAGCACCCGGCGUCGGACGUCGUGGACAAGGAGCUGGAACGGCUGGAGCAGCUGCGGCAGUCGCUCCGCCGUGCCUGGGAGGAGCGGGCGGCCAUCUUGCGGCAGUGCAAGGACCUGCAGGUGUUCCGGGAGCAGGCGAAGCAGGCCGAGGCCUGGCUCUCCAGCAAGGAGGCUGUGCUCAACAACGAGGACCUUGGGGACUCCAUGUCGAGCGUGGACGUGCUGACCAAGAAGCAUGCGCACUUCGAGCAGACCAUGGAGACGCAGGGCGAGCGCAUCAGCCACAUGGAAGAGUUUGCACGUGCCCUGGUUCAGGAUGGCCACUAUGACAGCGCCGCCAUCCAGGCACAGUGCGACGCCAUCUGCGCGCGGAGGAAGCGGCUCCAGGAGACCGCGCAGCUCAAGCGGAGGCGCUUGGCCGAGUCGCGCCAGUUCCAGCGCUUCCUGCGCAACGUCUAUGAGGUCGAAGCAUGGCUCAACGAAAAGCUCCAGGUGGCCUGCGACGAGAACUACCGGGACCCAGUGAACCUGCCAAGCAAGACCAAGAAGCACGCCGCCUUCGAGGCCGAGAUCUUGGCCCACCGCGGCCGCGUCGAGACACUUCUCAACGAGGGUCAACGGCUGGUUGAAGCGGACCACUAUGCCUCGGACCAGAUCGAGUCUCGGCUGGAAGCCGUGGAGAGGCUCUGGGCUCAGCUGCUGGAGCAGACAAAGCUGAAGAAGGACCGACUGCAAGACUCCUAUCAGGCACUGUUGUUUAACUGGAUGCUUGACGACUUGCAAACCUGGAUGGAUGACGUCGAAGUGCAACUACAGUCCGAGGACCACGGCAAGGACCUGACGUCCGUCCAAAACCUUUUGAAGAAGCAGCAGCUUCUCGAGACAGACAUCACGAACCAUGCCGAAAUGCUGGAGCAGGUGAAGGACCAGGCUGCCAUCUUUCAGAAGAACGAACACUUCCUUAGGAACGAUAUUCAGGAGCGAGCUGAUGCUAUCGUCAAAAGGUACACAUCUCUGCACGAGCCCCUCCAGAUUCGCCGGGAGAACUUGGAAGAAGCCCUGCAGCUGCAGCAGCUGCUUCGGGACGUGGACGACGAGAUGUCGUGGAUACGGGAGAAGGAACCGCUGGCAAACUCGGCCGACCUCGGCACGAGUCUGUCGUCGGUGCAGUCGCUGCAGAAGAAACACCAGGGAUUGGAAGCAGACAUCCAAGCACAUGAGCCCCUGGUGGCCUCCGUCGGAAGCAAAGGGCGGCAGAUGAUCCGCAGUGGUCACUUUGCCGCCUCCGAGGUGGAGAAGAGGCUCACCGAACUCCAGCUAGCCUGGGGCAGGCUCAAGGAUGCGGCCAGUGUCAGAAGGCUGCGCCUGCUGGAUGCUUUGGAAUCGCACACAUUCUACAGCGAAGCUACGGAGGCCGAGGCCUGGAUGGAGGAGAAGUUCCUCGUAGUCAACAGCCCCGACCUCGGAAAGGACGAGGAUUCAGUUCUCGCACUCACGAAAAAGCUGGAUGGAGUCGACCGAGACGUUGACGGCUUCAACGCCAACAUCACUCGGCUGAUGAAACAGAGCACGGAGCUGGUGGACCGGGGACACUUCGACAGUGCCAACAUCAGCGCUAAAAUGAAGGACCUGGAAGAGCUGUACACGAGGCUAAAGAAGCAGAUUGCUGAGCGGCGCUGGAAGCUGUCCGAGAGCGCCAAGUUCUACACGUUCCUGCGGGAGACGGACGAAGUUCUUCACUGGAUUCAGACGCAGACAGCCAUCGCAGGCUCGGAGGACUAUGGAACAGACCUCGAGCGUGUUGAAAUCCUGAUGCAGAAGUUCGACGUGUUCCUGACGACGCUGCAAGGCAGUGAGGACCGAGUGCGGCUGGUCCAACAGCUGGGACGGACCCUCAUCGCCGAGCGGCACCCGCAGAGCGAAGCCGUCGCUAAGCGCUGCACCGAGGUCGCCAAGCUCUGGGAGGAGUGCAAGGAGUGCGCGGCCUCUCGGCAAGACGCUUUGGCUGGAGCUAGACAAGUGCACACGUUCGACCGCAACGCGGAUGAGACCAUUAGCUGGAUUUACGAAAAGGAAGCGGUGCUCCUGAACGAGGACUUCGGUCACGACCUGGAGAGCAUACAGGCGCUUAGCCGACGUCACGAAGGAUUCCAGAGAGACCUGGCGGCAGUGAGGGAGCAGGUGGAGACGUUGUUGCGUGAGGCUCGUCGUCUGGCCGAGACGUUCCCGGACGCCCGGGAACACAUCGAGGCCAAGCAGGAACAGGUGUCCGAGGCCUGGAGCACGCUGCUGAACCGCUCGCACCAGCGGGGCGACAAGCUGCAUCAGGCCGAGCAGUUGCAGGCGUACUUUGAUGAGUACCGUGAACUCAUGGCGUGGCUUAACGACAUCACGGCCCGCAUCACGUCGGACGAGCUUGCCAGGGAUGUGACUGGUGCGGAAGCCCUCCUGGCGCGCCACAGGGAGCACAAGGCUGAGAUGGACGCCCGCGCCGAGAGCUUCUCACGCUUCGUCGCAAACGGCGAGAAAAUCAUCGCCAGCGGCCACUUCAUGGCCGACGAGGUGCGCGACCGCAUUCGACGCCUCUCCGACUCGCGCAAGGCCCUCGAGCACACGUGGAACCGGCGGCAGGAGAUCUACGACCAGAGCUUGGACUUGCAGCUGUUCCUCCGCGAUGCCGACCAGCUGGAAACGUGGCUGGCGAGCCGAGAGGCUUUCCUCCGCGACGACGACUGUGCCGAUUCCAUCUCGGCGGUUGAGGAGCUGAUCCGCAAGCACGACGACUUCAUGAAGACCGUGGAAGCCCAGGAAGACCGCUUCGACACUGUCAAACGCAUCACCAAGCUGGAAGAGGCGUUCAAGAGGUUGAAGCAGGAGGAAGAAGAGAUGCUUCGGGUGGAGGAACAAAAACGUGAACAGGACAGGGUGGACGCCAUGAAGCGCAAGGAACACCAGAGGAUCCUCGACGAACGCAUGCGCGAAGACGGCCUGCGACGACCAGGACUGGACACUUCUCAGCUGAGCACCGAGAGCAACGGCGAGAUCGCCCCGUCAUACGUGGGCGGUUUGGUCAAGUCACCCUCGCAGAGGUCACUGGACAGUGACCGCAAGGUCAUGAGCACGCUCUCGACGCCUGCCACGUCACCAGUCAAGAGGGCCGAGAGUAUGAAGGUGGAACUGGGCAAGAAACUGAAGCGCACCCCGAGCUUCACGACGCGGCGGCGUGCCCAGAGCUUCCGGCGGUCACGCACCGCCGCUGGCUUACCCGCUGUGGAGAUGGAAGGCUUCCUUGACCGUAAACACGAGCUGCAGUCCGGCGGCAAGAAGGCAACCAUCCGCUCAUGGAAGACAUUCUACACUGUGCUGUGCGGCCAGCUGCUCUGCUUCUUCAAGGACAAAGAGGGCUUCGUGGAGAGCAACGCAGCAGCACCCCCCAUCAGCCUGCUGCAAGCACAGUGCACGAAGGCGAGCAACUACACCAAAAAGAAGCACGCCUUUCGGUUGAGGCUGGCCGACGGCGUCGAGUUCCUCUUCGUGGCCAACAGCGAGACGUCCAUGAGCGACUGGGUGAACAAGAUUUCGUUCCACGCUGCCCUUCCGCCGAGCUUGCAGCUGCUCAGCUACGAUGAAGCUCGCAAGAGCACCGGCCUCGGCACCAGCCUCAAUGCCUCGGCGCCAAACGUGUCGCACCGGCCGCCUUCUUCGGCCGACAGCGACACGAGCGGAACACCGCUGGCCGACAGGCGAAGACGGGACCAGUCGUCGACGCCGAGCCCUUGCUCUUCGCCAGAAAUGAGACACGUGGUAGUGUCGUCACACCCGCAGGGCGGCGUUGCUGCGGCGACCGCACUGCCGCCCCAAGUGGCGGCGCGGGUCGACAGGGAGAAGCCCCCGAUUCCGCCCCGAAAUUCGUCCAUUCGUUCGUCAGCGUCGUUCGACGUCUCGGACGGCGGCGCAGGCUCGUCGGUCAAGAGCAAGAUUCAGAUGUUUCAACAGUCGGCGCACGGUGCCGCCGUUCCCGCGCCACCGCCAUCCUACGCCGGCAUGCUGCCGUCACGAGGCAGCGCCCAUGCUGGCAACCUCUUAGCCGAAGAGGUAGCCAACAGGUCAUCGAUGGAUGGCUACUCACCUCCGAAUGUGCACAACGGUUACGGAAGCCGCCCAUCGUCCAUGAUCGGGACGCCACCUACCACGAAUCGGACUUCAGCGGACGGCUACAGCUCGAGCGGUCUUGAAGGCAAGUUGGCUUCUUUCUGAACUGGGGAGAACAACU